ACGAAAAAGGGCGGGUCGCGGGAUGGCCUCUCUCAGGUUUCUCUCUGACUAGUUGAAGUCGCGUGUGAGGUGCAGCGUGUAAAAGGUGCUCUAAUAUAUCGCAGUGUAGAUUCCAUCGUAGCCGUAGGCCCGUAGCCACGAAUAUUUCCUAAUGGAGAAUCAGAAUAACAGGGAACCUCCGUUAAAGAGGUACAGAAGGGAAAGGGAAGAGGACAGCCCUUUGGAUACAGAUGAUGAUUACGAGCCAUACGUCUCUGCCAAGCAUCGUAAAAAGCAGUUGCUCACGAAACUGGGUAAGCUUGGACAGUUGAAAGAGGAAGCUAUCAAUGGUGUCGGCAAGAGCAGCAGCGAGAAUGAGAAGGAUGAUGGCGACAACGACGACGGACAGGUCUGGGGAAGAAAAUCUAACAUCUCUCUUCUCGACCAACACACCGAAUUGAAGAAAUUAGCUGAAGCUAAAAAGGAAAGUGCCAUGGAGAAGCAGCUGAAAGAGGAGGAGAAGAUCCUGGAAAGCGUGGCUGAGAAUAAAGCUCUGAUGGGCGUCGCUGAGUUGGCCAAGGGUAUUCAGUAUAAGGAUCCUAUCAAGACCAAUUGGCAGCCACCGAGGGCGAUACUGAAUCUCGGCGAGAUGCGUCACGAGAGAGUACGUAGAAAGCUCAGGAUACUUGUGGAGGGUGACGAAGUACCGCCACCCUUGAAAACCUUCAAGGAAAUGAAAUUUCAUAAAGGAAUCUUGUACGGACUGGAACAGAAGGGUAUUAUCAAGCCAACUCCCAUCCAAGUCCAAGGAAUACCCACAGUAUUGUCUGGUCGCGACAUGAUCGGUAUAGCUUCCACCGGUAGUGGUAAAACGUUGGUGUUUGUUUUACCCAUCAUUGAAUUCUGUUUAGAACAGGAAAUCGACAUGCCGUUCAUUAAAAAGGAAGGGCCUUAUGGUUUAAUAAUAUGUCCUUCGAGAGAAUUGGCUAAGCAAACCUAUGACAUAAUAAAGCAUUACACCAAUAGCUUAAGGCACGUGGAGUGUCCAGAAAUACGCUGCUGCUUGGCAAUCGGAGGUGUGCCGGUUUCGGAGUCAUUAGCUAUAAUCAACAAAGGCGUACAUAUAAUGGUAGCGACACCGGGACGACUGAUGGACAUGUUACAUAAAAAGAUGGUCACAUUAAGUGUAUGCCGUUAUCUUUGCAUGGACGAGGCGGAUCGCAUGAUAGAUAUGGGAUUCGAGGAAGAUGUGCGAACAAUAUUUUCAUUUUUCAGGGGUCAGAGGCAAACGCUUUUAUUCUCUGCUACUAUGCCGAAAAGAAUUCAAAACUUUGCACGUUCGGCGCUGGUGAAACCCGUAACGAUAAACGUUGGCCGCGCCGGCGCCGCAUCAAUGAAUGUGAUACAGGAAGUGGAGUAUGUCAAGCAAGAGGCUAAGAUCGUUUACCUCUUAGAAUGUUUGCAAAAGACUGCGCCGCCGGUCUUGAUAUUCGCAGAGAAGAAGCGCGACGUGGACGCUAUCCACGAAUAUCUGCUCAUAAAAGGGGUGGAAGCUGUAGCGAUACAUGGAGGAAUAGAUCAGGAAGAAAGAUCACGUUCGGUGGAAGCAUUUCGCGCGGGUCGAAAGGACGUGCUCGUUGCGACAGACGUUGCAUCGAAAGGUCUUGAUUUCGCUGAUGUGCAACAUGUUAUUAAUUACGACAUGCCGGACGAUGUAGAGAAUUACGUGCACAGGAUCGGACGAACUGGCCGUUCCGGGCGUACUGGUAUAGCUACGACUUUCAUCAAUAAAGCAAACGAUGAAUCGGUGCUGCUCGAUCUUAAACAUCUACUGAUGGAAGCGAAGCAAAAGGUGCCGCCGUUCUUGCUGGAACUCUGCUCGGAGAACGAAAAAUACCUCAAUCUGGGAGACGAACGCGGCUGCAGUUAUUGUGGUGGACUGGGACACAGGAUCACAGAGUGUCCGAAGUUGGAGGCUGUGCAGAAUAAGCAGGCGUCCAAUAUUGGGCGUCGCGAUUAUCUGGCCAGUAAUGCCGCCGAUUACUAAGCGAUACAUUUUAAAUAAAAUUGUAUUUUUUGUAAAUAUGUAUAUAUAAAAUUCUAUUUCUAUGAUAAUGCUAUUUAGGUAGUGUAGUCGAACAAAAAAAUAAAAUAAAUAAAAUAAGCAUUCGAAUUAAACACUAUAUAUAAA